AUGUGUCCUUCUACUUCCCCCCAACCUGCUAAACCCCAAUCUGCUUCCCCGCAACCCGCUUCCUUCCAACCUACUUCCCCCCGACUUGCUUCCUCCCAACCUGCUUCCUCCCAACCUGCUUCCUCCCAACCUGCUUCCUCCGACCCUGCUUCCUCCCAACCUGCUUCCUCCCAAUCUACUACCUCCCAACCUGGUUCCUCCCUGCCUAUUUCCUCCCAACCUGCUUCCUCCCAACCUGCUUCCUCCCAACCUGGUUCCUCCCAUCUUGAUUUCUCCCAACCUGCUUACCCCCGCCCCACCGCCUGCAGAUCAGCGAGAUGUAGACCAAUAGCCAUCCGAACCGGCCUUCUUCCCCCCAACCUGCUGAUCAACGAGAUGGCGACCAAGAGCCAUCCGAACCUGGUGAGGCUGCUGGGGUACUGCGUUGACAUGAGCUACGAGGCGGAGCGCAUGGAGCAGAUUGUGGUCUUUGGUGUGGUGAUGCUGGCGGUGGUCACUUCUCCCCUUUCCCUACUCACUGCCUGUUGUUUUUCCUCCCUGCUGCCCGUUCAUUGCUGCCUUUCUUCUUCUCCUGCCUGCAGCUUUGGAGUGGUGAUGCUGGAGGUGAUCACGGCUCGCAAGGCCAUCCGCAUCAUCGAGUCAAACCAAGUCAACUUCAAGCAGUGGGCAGCAUCCCUGGUGGCAGCAGGGGACGUGGCAGCACUCAAGGACCCGCACCUGCAAGCACCGGACGACCUGGUGCUGCGCAUGGCACGCCUGGCGCUCUCCUGCAUCGCCAUGCCCACGGCAUCUCGCCCGGGUAUGAGCCGCGUGCUGGCAGAGCUGCUGCUGCUCAAGGAGGAGUUAAUUGGGGAGGAGGAGGACCGCAUGGCUGCCCGCAUCGACCACGAGCUUGAGAGCAUCGAGCAGGUUGAUUUUAGCUUGGAGCUGGCUCGUAUUGAGGGCAUUCAACUCGGUAGUUAG